UCAACCCCAAACACUCAGAGGAGCCGGACUCCUGGAGAACCCACCUUUGUUUUAACCCAUCCUUUGAUCUCUUCGUCAAAAUACCCAUCCUUUGAUCUCUUCGUCAAAAUAAAUGGAAAUGGGCAAUGACGGCGGUACCGGCAGUACUGUGAAAGGCGGCAAGACAGUGGAAGAAUGCCAGCGCAUGAUUCAGAAGAGCCUCAGAAGUAAAUAUCUGCUUUCACGGUCCUUUCAAGUUUUACCCCUCUUGAUUUUCAAUCUGUUAUAGAAAUGCGUUUCCUCCUUUUCUUUGGCAACACUAAAAUGUGCACUCCAGUUCCAAUGGUGAAGUUUCUGAGGGAGCGUGUAGAGAAAGCUGGAUGCGGAGUAGGUGAGAAUUUCUUCAAGGCUAUACGUUGUGACCGGAGUGUUGGUGGUGGGUAUGCUCCAGGCGAAGGGGUAGUUGUAUGUAGUAACCACAUGAACAUUCAAGAUGAGGUAAACCAAGUAGUCAUCCAUGCACUGAUUCACGCAUAUGAUGACUGUCGUGCUAAUAUAGAUUGGAAAGAUUGUGCUCAUCUUGCUUGCAGUAAGAUUAGAGCUAACCAUCUCAGUGGUGAUUGUCAUUACAAAAGGGAGUUCCUUCGAGGCAAUUUAAAGAUAAGAGGUCAUGAACAAGAGUGCGUGAGACGACGAGUGAUAAAGGAGCUGAAGCCUCACUUCAGUGAAACAGCUGCCCAAGAUGCUAUGGAAGCUGUGUGGGAGACUUGCUAUAAUGAUACUGAGCCCUUUGAUAGAGCUCCAUAAAUUGUGUAGGCUGUACUUCAUAGAAUAAAAUGCUUUUGACAUGAUGUCAAAUGUCUAAUAGCUGUAGCGGAUAUGCAUGCUCCUAGACUAGGAAAAUUCCUUCCCUUAUUUCUGGAUGGGAAUAUGGGAUGCCUUAUUCCUUUUCCAUUAAACUUUAUGCUCUUAUCAUUUGAAGUUAAGUUCUUAGAGUCGUUCUAUUCUUUUUCAUU